CUGCGUAUCCCAGGCUUUCGCUUACCUUAUCCUAUCCUCACUCACGCUAUUUCUUUUUCUAUCUCUCUCUCGCUCGCAAUCUAUAUUCUCUCCCUAACCACUCUUUCUCUUCUCUCUUAAUUCCCUCACCAUCUCUCUUCUAUCUCAUUCAUUUCCACACUAUAUAUCAAUCUUCUUAUACAGCAGCUUCGUCGGUGCUUUAAUUUUCUUUUGCGCCAUCCAAAUAAUAACAAUAUAUCUUCUUACUUUCUUUCUUUUAAUAUAAAGAAAAAUUCCAGAGCUCUCAACGACGGAGAUGCUGUUUCUAUUUCGUCUCUCACUUCACAUGCACAGAUAUUUCUGUUUUCUCUACUCGAUGAAUCCAACUAUUGUUUCUUAGUAAUUUCCGUCCACGAGAAGCUAGCUGCCGAAGGUGUAUAAAUUUUCCGAAACGUCUAAUCACUAUUAAUUCGACUGAUUGAUUCCUUCCGUUCCACUGCAAUGGCUCCCAAAACUGGCAAAACCAAACCGCACAAGGCCAAGGGAGACAAGAAGAAAAGAGAAGAGAAAGUUUUGCCCACCGUCAUCGAAAUUACAGUAGAAACACCAGACGAAUCACAAGUUACUCUCAAGGGCAUCUCCACGGAUAGGAUCCUAGACGUGAGAAAACUUUUGGCGGUACACGUUGAGACUUGUUCCUUGACCAAUUUUUCCUUAUCUCAUGAGGUACGAGGCGCGAGGCUGAAAGACACGGUCGAAAUCGUUUCCUUGAAACCCUGCCAUCUGACCAUCGUCCAAGAGGACUACACGGAAGAGCUUGCCGUGGCACACAUUCGGCGACUCCUUGACAUCGUGGCCUGCACCACCUCCUUUGCCUCCGCCACAAAACCUCCCGCCUGCAAGUCCAAAGACCCCACCGAACCGGGUUCAGAAAAUGGAUCGGAAACAAGCCCAAGAGUCAAACCCGUGGAUCCGAAUUCGGACUCGGGCAAUGCCAAAACCGACAAAGUGGACGGUGACAUCUCCAUGUGUCCACCUCCCAGGCUUGGACAGUUCUACGAUUUCUUUUCGUUUUCUCACCUUACGCCGCCGUUUCAAUACAUACGGAAAUCAAAUCGACCUUUCCUUGAGGAGAAAACAGAAGAUGAUUUCUUUCAGAUUGAUGUUAGAGUUUGUAGUGGAAAACCUACUACAAUUGUUGCUUCUAGAAUAGGAUUCUAUCCUGCUGGAAAACAUCCACUUGUGAGUCAUACAUUGGUGGGUCUGCUUCAGCAGAUAAGCAGGGUUUUUGAUGCUGCUUACAAGGCACUUAUGAAGGCGUUCACGGAACACAACAAAUUUGGUAAUCUUCCUUACGGUUUUCGUGAAAACACAUGGGUUGUUCCUCCGGUUGUUUCUGAUAAUUCAUCCAUCUUUCCACCACUUCCCGUGGAAGAUGAAACUUGGGGAGGAAAUGGGGGUGGACAAGGCAGAGGUUGUAAUCACGAAAAUAGACAGUGGGCGAGAGACUUUGCAAUUCUAGCUGCAAUGCCAUGUCAAACUGCAGAGGAGAGACAGAUUCGGGAUAGGAAAGCUUUUCUACUUCAUAGUUUAUUUGUUGAUGUAUCAGUCUUCAAAGCUGUUUCUGCAAUAAAAAAUUUAGUGGAUAUUAAGCAAAACUCUUCUUUGCCAACUUCGUAUGAAGAAAGUAUUGGGGAUUUAACUAUUAAAGUAACAAGAGAUGUUUCCGACGCUAGUUUGAAGUUGGAUUGCAAAAAUGAUGGAAAUCGAGUUCUUGGAUUGUCUGAAGAAGAACUAGCUCAAAGAAACCUUCUCAAAGGCAUAACUGCUGAUGAGAGUGCAACUGUUCAUGAUACCCCUACUCUAGGUGCAGUACUUAUAAAACACUGUGGCUACACAGCUGUUGUAAAGGUCUCCGCUGACAGAGAUUUGGAGGGGAGUCCUAAUUCGUCAGAAAUUGAUGUUGAAGAGCAGCCUGAAGGAGGUGCAAACGCAUUGAAUGUUAACAGCUUACGGAUGAUAUUGCAUAGGCCAUCUACACUCCAACCAUCAAAUGCAAGUCAGCGAAUCCAAGGCACAGACAUUGAAUAUUCACGUUCAACUCAAUCAUUGGUAAGGAAAGUCCUAGAAGAAAGUUUACAAAAAUUGAAGGAAGAAACCACUAGACACAGAAAAUCUAUCAGAUGGGAGCUUGGGGCAUGUUGGGUACAACAUUUACAAAAUCAAGCUACUGGGAAAACUGAGCCAAAAAAGGAAGAAGAGGCUAAGAUUGAGCCAGCUGUUAAAGGUCUUGGGAGGCAAGGUGGAUUACUAAAGGAAUUAAAGAAAAAAAUUGAUAACAAAAACUCCAAAGUUGAAGUAGGAAAGGAUAUUUCCCCAUCUAAUAAUGACAAUGACAUAAACAAGCAAGAAGCCACGAAACAGGAAUUAGAGAGACAAGGGGAAGAAAAGGAAACUAUAUGGAGAAAGCUACUUUCUGAAGCUGCAUUUACACGUCUUAAAGAAUCUAAAACUGAUCUUCAUCUGAAGUCACCUGAUGAAUUGAUGGAGAUGGCACAUAAAUAUUAUGUUGAUACUGCACUUCCAAAGCUGGUGGCAGAUUUUGCGUCCCUUGAACUCUCACCUGUUGAUGGAAGGACGUUGACUGAUUUCAUGCAUACUAGGGGCUUGCAAAUGUCUUCCUUAGGCCAAGUGGUUGAGCUUUCAGAUAAACUCCCUCAUGUGCAAUCUCUAUGUAUACAUGAGAUGGUUGUUCGAGCCUACAAGCAUAUCUUACAAGCAGUUGUUGCUGCAGUUGAUAAUGUUUCUGAAUUGGCUCCAUCUAUUGCAUCAUGCCUAAAUAUAUUGUUGGGAACACCAACAUCUGAAACUAGUGAUGAAGAUAUUAUUACUAGUUAUGAACUGAAAUGGAAAUGGGUAGAAAACUUUCUUCUGAAGAGGUUUGGAUGGCAAUGGAAGGAUGAAAAUGGUCAAGAUUUAAGAAAGUUUGCCAUUCUUCGGGGACUCUGCCAUAAGGUUGGGCUUGAACUGGUUCCUAGGGACUAUGAUAUAGAUACAUCAUGUCCUUUUAGAAAGACGGAUAUUGUAAGCAUGGUCCCCAUAUAUAAGGUGAAAUACACAACACCUUCACUUUUACGCAGGAAACUAAUACUUUCUAAAGCCCUAAUCACUAAAUUACAACUUGAAUUAUCUUCGCAGCAUGUAGCUUGCUCAUCUGCUGAUGGCCGCACACUUUUGGAAUCAUCCAAGACUUCCUUGGAUAAAGGUAAAUUGGAGGAUGCUGUCAAUUAUGGCACAAAGGCACUCUCAAAAUUAGUGUCGGUAUGUGGGCCUUACCAUAGAAUGACAGCAGGAGCAUAUAGUCUCUUGGCUGUUGUGCUGUACCAUACUGGAGAUUUCAAUCAGGCAACUAUUUAUCAGCAAAAGGCUCUAGAUAUUAACGAAAGAGAGCUUGGACUGGACCAUCCUGAUACGAUGAAAAGUUAUGGGGAUCUUGCUGUUUUCUAUUAUCGACUCCAACAUACGGAAUUGGCUUUAAAGUAUGUUAAUCGUGCUUUGUAUCUUCUGCACUUAACUUGCGGACCUUCACAUCCAAACACGGCUGCCACCUACAUUAACGUAGCAAUGAUGGAAGAAGGAUUAGGGAAUGUCCAUGUUGCUCUCAGAUAUCUUCAUGAGGCUUUAAAAUGUAACAAAAGAUUACUUGGAGCUGAUCAUAUUCAGACAGCUGCAAGCUAUCAUGCAAUAGCUAUUGCUCUUUCUUUGAUGGAAGCAUACUCUCUAAGUGUUCAGCAUGAACAGACCACCCUCCAGAUCCUGCAGGCUAAACUUGGUUCUGACGAUCUAAGGACACAGGAUGCGGCAGCAUGGCUGGAAUACUUCGAGUCAAAGUCUCUCGAGCAACAGGAGGCUGCACGGAAUGGUACACCUAAGCCAGAUGCCUCAAUCUCCAGCAAAGGUCAUUUAAGUGUGUCAGACCUCUUGGACUACAUAACACCGGACGCAGAUCAGAAAGCGCGGGAAGCACAGAAAAAGGCUCGUGCCAAGUUAAAGGGAAAACCGGGCCAAAACUGGGAAACAGCUUCAGAUGAAAAUCAGAAGGAUGAAGACAUGUCUAAAGAUUAUUCAUUUACAGAGACUACUAGUGAUAAAGAAAAUAAAUCUGAAGCUCAAAUUAAAGACAACGGGAUUGAUAAAGUUGAGUCCACUCACAUAGACCAAACGAUGGUCAAUGAAAGUAAUAAUAAACUGGCACAGGAUGACAGCUCGGAUGAAGGGUGGCAGGAAGCUGUUCCCAAGAGUCGGUCACUCACUGGGCGCAAGUCAUCUUCAUCUAGAAGGCCCACCCUAGCAAAACUAAACACUAACUUCAUGAAUGUUUCUCAGUCAAGAUAUCGAGCCAAGCCUAAUAACUUCUCUUCUCCAAGAACAAAUUUAAAUGAGACCGUUGUGGGACCACCCCCUUCUGUUCCAAAAAAGUUUGUUAAGAGUGCAAGCUUCAGUCCAAAGCUGAAUAGCGGUAGUGCCCCCGAUGGUGGAGCAGUAACAGACUCUAAGUCAGCUCCAGCCACCCCUGCUCCAAGUGAUCAAAUUGCUAAACCAGCUCCUUCUAGCACGGGUGUCAGUGUUCAAUCAGCAGGUAAACUUUAUUCCUACAAAGAAGUAGCCUUAGCCCCACCUGGAACAAUUGUGAAGGCGGUGGCUGAACAGUCACCAAAAGGAAAUCCUAUCCAACAAAAUUCUGAGAUUAGUGGCAUGAUAGUUUCAAUAAAGGACAGUCAAAAUAUUGUGGCAACGAAUGACGUGGAAGAUUUUGGUCAGAAAUCAAUUAUUGAGAAAAUACAAAUCCCUGUCCGUGAAGAAAAAAAAGAAAGGGAAACCACGGUGGUGAACGGUAAUACAGAAACAGUAAAUAAUAAGGCCGACGACGAGGUUGCACUUAAAAUCCAGGAAGCUAGCGUUGUUUCCAUAAUAGAGAAGAAAAGUGAAGUUGGAAACAUCACAGUUGUCGAGAUUGCGAAUUCUGGUUGCAUAGAUAAUAUAAACAAGACUACCUCUAAAGGUGAAUCCGAGGUACUACUGCAAGAAAGUUGUGAAGCAACAUCCGACAAUCCAAACCCCCUAACCAUUUUAGUUGAAGACGAAAAACAGGUACUUGACAACGAGUCCUAUUUGUUGAUAGAUACGGGUAACGAGGGAGAUGACAAACAUGAAUCUAGCAGCAAUGCAGUCUGUAAGCCACUACCAUUAGAAGGAGAAAAGCAAGAAACAGAAACAGGAAAGGAACCGACCAAGAAACUUUCUGCAGCUGCACCACCCUUUAAUCCAUCCACAAUUCCAGUUUUUGGAUCUGUUCCUGUUCCAGGCUUUAAGGAUCACGGAGGUAUUUUGCCCCCACCAGUAAAUAUUGCUCCUUUGCUUCCAGUCAGUCCCCGAAGAUCACCGCAUCAGUCAGCUACGGCUAGGGUUCCAUAUGGUCCACGAAUAUCUGGUGGCUAUAACAGAUAUGGGAACCGUGUUCCGCGGAAUAAAGCUGUAUUCCUCUCAGGUGAACCCUCCCCUGAUGGUAACCCCAAUAGUCCUCCUAGAAUAAUGAAUCCACAUGCCACAGAGUUUGUACCAGGCCAACAUUGGGUAUCUAAUGGCUAUGUUGUUUCUCCCAACGGAUAUGUGACUUCUCCAAAUGCCAUUCCAGGGUCUCCAAAUAAUUUUGCCCCAGUGUCUCCCAAUGCCAUGCCAGUGUCACCUAGUGGAUAUCCUGCUACUCUAAAUGGUAUCCAAGUGAAUCACAACGGGUCUGUACCAUCUCCAACCAUUUCAACUGAUUCAUCACAAGUUGCAUGUGUUGAAACUGAUAUUGAAGACAAAAGUCAAACUCUGGAUGAGGAAAGUAAAAGUUCUUUUCCAACAGAUGUAAGUUCUGAAAAGAAACAUGUUGAGCAAAAUCCUCAAGAACUAUCUGCCAGCAGUGAAAACUCUACUCCUAAAGUAGAAGAAAAGCAGGCAGAGCUCAGCCCCCCGUCUGAUUUUAGUAACGAAGAUACAGUGAUCAAGAAGGAUGCAGUGGAUCAGAAAAAGCAAAGCAAGUGUUGGGGAGAUUACAGUGACAGUGAAGCUGAUAUGAUUGAGGUCACAAGCUAAGGAGUGAAUGAUUGAAUUAAUAUCUACAUCAACUGGUGGCGGCUUAUAAUAAGUUAGCCAUUUUUGGAAGGAUGAUGAUCCAAUCGGAAACAAUCACCAAAAAAUAACAAUGAUGCCAACUUUUCUAAAAUGCACAUGUGGGCGAUCUCCGUCGAAAUUCCAUGACUAGCAGCGUGGCUUGAGUGUGUGCAAGCGCCCCAAGAAGAACAAAAACAUGAAAAAUCUGAUGACUAUGACCUGCAAUAUCAAAUGCCCCAGGCUUCCAUCGCUCUGGUAUUCUAGUGACAUAGAACACAGCUCCAGUGGCAUAUAGAAUGGCCAUUAGAAGCUCAAAUCCUAGUGCAACAACAACCUGUGGGUGCUCCCAAUGGGUCACAAGAACAUGAACUGCAGGAAUGACACCUGAAAAUCCCAUGGAGAGAAAUAAACAAGCUCUGAAGGGUCGCAAGUGAGGGGAAGAAAGUGAAGGGGCGAGAAGGGUGAUGAUGGCGAGGACUCCAAACACAGUUAUUGAGGUCAAGUAGAAUGUCCUUAUGUGAGGAUUGCAGAAAAAGACAUAGUAAAUUGGAGCAUAGAAGGAGCAAACUAUCAUGAGAGAAAUUCCUACAUAAUCUAGACGCCAGAAAAACAGGUUGAAGCAUUUUGAGUGGCAUGCCAUUAGAUGGGAAAUACUACUGAAAGCCAAGCAGCCCAUUCCUCCAGCUAAGAAAACAAACCACGGCCAUCUAGGAAUUGUUUCUGCUUCUGCGCCAUCUCCCAGGUCAGGAAUGAUAGAUGGUACCAAUAAGUAGCUCAAAUGCGAAUUCUGAAAAUAAAUAAAUAAAAUCACCAACAUGGAAUGAAUUACU